AUGAGGACUCUCCCCAAAAGUCGAAGCUGCCAGGUGUACUGCGUUUUCGGGCGUGGGCAGAAGGACCCCACCCAGCCUGAAGAAGAGGAGGCACCCCCUGCAUGUGUCACCUGGAGGAGAUGGACGUCCGCUCUCCUGCCUUUCUUCUCCUGCGCCGCCGUCAUGGCGUUCGCCGUCCACUACUUGGCGUCCCCGCCCUCCUGCGUCUUCUUCCUGGGAUGCAGCGUGGAGUUCCCCAACCUGAGCUUCUCCUCGGAGCUGGCCGACUGCUCCUCGCCGCAGUUCCACCUGCAGGCUCAGGCUUUGAACCGUUACUUGUCAGAGGUCUACAAGUCCUCUCCGUGGAGCUCCUACUACCUGCGCUCAGGGAUUACCGCCUUCAGUGAAGGAGCAUCGGGCCUCAACGUCUUCUACUGGAGCCAAUUCUACGCACCGCAUCACGUUGCCGUGGCGAUCCGGAGGUCCAGCCCGGAGAGGCUGCAGCGCCGACUUCCCGGCAGCACCAAGGUGCUGUGGGACGGCCGACAUGAGCAGCGGUACUACUUGGAGAAAGAUGACGUCACGCUGCAACUAUUGGGGUUAGACCCUGACGACUAUGAAUCAGAGGAGAAAUCCGACAAAAUAAAGAACCCACAAAGUCUCCAGGGCGGGAAGUGGCAGCUGGGCUUCCAAGCGAUGUCCUUCGACCUGUACGCUAAACACGGCGUCAACCGCACCCUGAGCUUGGUGGCUCCCAAGAAGCUGUACUACCAGUGGCGUCUCCGCGUGCCGCCGGGUCACGUGGUGCGGCUGCUCGUCCUCGCCCUGCAGGGAGCGGCGCCGGGAAGCUGCGGCGCUCACAAGCUGUCGGCCUACGACUUCCUGCUUCCUUUGCAGAACAAGAUCCUCGCCAGGUGGUGCGGGCAGGGCUCGCCCGGCGCCAUGAGCCUGACCUCUUCCGGGAACGUCAUGUUGGUCACCUUGUCCUUCAGCCGACAGAGGGAGGGCGCCAUCUUUAAAGCUUACUUCCAGGCCGUCCCCAAAGCAGCUUGCGGAGGCUCACUUUCCUCCUGGAAUGGCUCCAUUUCCUCCCCGCACCACCCUUCUUACUACCCUCCUAAUGCCGACUGCAGAUGGACGCUACGAGCACCGUUGCCUGGUUACCUGAUCUCCAUGACGAUAGUGACGGUGGACAUCCAGGGGUCGGCGGAUGGCUGCGAGAAGGACUGGCUGGACGUCGGCGGAGUCAAACUGUGCAACCCGGUGUCAGACAGCAGCAAGAGGCGAAUCUACUCGUCUCCGCUUUCCAUCCACUUCCACUCGGACGAAUCUGUAACCCACAAAGGUUUCCACCUGCUCUACAAGGCUUUCUCUCCGGAAGGCUUGUGUCCUCGUCAGUUUCGCUGUGGAGACGGUCGCUGUGUCCCUUUAAGAAAAGUGUGUGACGGAGUGCGAGACUGCCCAGAUGGACGUGAUGAGGCCAAAUGCUCGGCGUGCAGGCCUGGCGAGGUGAUGUGCGCUAACGGACGCUGUCAGCCUCACGGCAGCCAUUGUUCCAGCGUGUGUGCCGACAGCAGUGAGGAGCGCAGCUGCAGAAGUCAAUGCUACCACACAUGUCCCAACAAAGCGUGCCUGGCCAAGUCUUCGGUGUGCGACGGCGUGGUGGACUGCAAAGACCGCAGCGAUGAGAAGAACUGUACCAGAGCUUACCUCAAAGGCUGCUCCUCAUCCUCGUACAAAUGUGCCAACCAGAAGUGUGUGAGCAAGGUCAACCCCGAGUGUGACGGCGUCAAGGACUGCCUCGACGGGUCUGAUGAAGUGCGAUGCGGCUGCGGCGUCCGUCCCAGGAGGCGUGCCAAGAUAGUGGGCGGCUCGGACGCGGGUGCGGGCUCAUGGCCGUGGCAGGUGAGCCUUCAGAUGGAGCGCUACGGUCACGUCUGCGGCGCCACGCUGCUCGCCGGCCGCUGGCUGGUGUCGGCCGCUCACUGCUUCCAGGACUCCGACACCGUCGCAGUGAGCGACGUGACCGUAGCGCUCCAUCUGAAGGCUCACCUGCCACGGCCAUGAGCCCGCACCGCGUCCGAGCGCCCACUAUCUUGGCACGCCUCCAGGACCGGCCGCCGCAGCCUGCCUCACCCCAAAUACGAGCAGCUCACCUCCGAUUACGACAUCGCCCUCCUGGAGCUGGGGGCCCCCGUCUUCUUCAACGACCUGGUGCAGCCCGUGUGCGUGCCCGCUCCCUCGCACGCCUUCGCCAUCGGGGCCAGCUGCUACGUCACGGGCUGGGGUGUCCUGGCGGAGGACGGCGAGCUGGCCACGCGCCUUCAGGAAGCGUCCGUGAGGAUAAUUAACAGAAACACCUGCAACAAGCUGUACGAUGACGCCGUCACUCCCAGAAUGCUUUGUGCUGGGACCCUGCAGGGGGGCGUGGACGCCUGCCAAGGUGACUCUGGGGGCCCGCUGGUGUGCCUGGAGCGGGGCAGGCGCUGGUUCCUGGCGGGCAUCGUGAGCUGGGGUGAAGGCUGCGCCAGGCAGAACCGGCCGGGCGUGUACACGCAGGUGGUGAAGUUUACUGACUGGAUCCAUCAGCAGACCCGGGGACAGGUGUGACGCAGGUGUGUCGUUAGUCCGGUGAUCGCCGUGUCAGGAAACGGAAGGGAAGGAUUUUUAGGUGGUGAAUUUGACUCUGACACACUGAGACUUUGACUUUGCCCAUCAAUGCACAAGGAAACUGAACCUCGUUACAAAAUAAAGGCAACAUUUCCCAUCAGAUCUUCAUACAAUCCUCACUUUUAGCCUUCAUUCACGCAGCAAGGGACAUCUCUCUUAAUUUUCUUUAACUGCAGGUUUACCAAGUAAUCAUGUGAUUUCGCCCAGCCAAUCAACAACCGAAGUUAA